GCAAAAGGUCGCGAGUCCUGGAGAUAUGACCUCGACCUUGGCGUGUCAUAACCAGCUGAGUGGCGAGUGGCGGUGUUCACAGACCCAAGAACGCAGAAUUUGUGGUUGAUCUGUCGGCAAGCUCUUACACCGACGAUAUCUUGACAGUGCCAAGAGUACAUUUUACUGCUGAUUCAAGAUUUUUGAAAAUACGUAGAUCUAGUUCCAGAUCCAAGCGUCCUGAUAAGUCUGGCGCUCCUGUGCCUUUUUGUUGUUGGUUGGGUUGUUUUUUUUUGGUAGGCUAGGCCUAACCUUUUCAACUGAACGGAAGCUCGCAUUGUAGAAUCUAGCGAAAAUAGAGAAGCCCUCCCCAAAGUCGAGAUGAUGCUGAUGUUCUGGGUUUAGCUCCAUUUUCCCAAACCAGAGGGCGAACUCGACGCCGUUUAGCUUCCAUAAUGGUAUGUCGUCAAAAACAACAGCCAUGACUGAACGACUUUCCAAUGCUGGAUCUAUUCUCGACGAGCCCGGAGGCUGUUGGCCACAGAUUGCCCAUGGACUUCUCGCCCUAUCUUCUGUCGGCCAGCCCGCCCGGCGCAGGCUUUGACUUGAUGGGCUACUCCGGACACCGCUCGCACGUUCACCUAGGAAUCGACCCACUGCCCUUUGACAAUGCAAAUUACUCCGCACAUCCUUCUUUCCCUUCACUCCAGAUGUCACAGCCAGGCCACACUAACUUAAACAAGCGCAGAAAUGGACCUCUGAAAUCCAUCAUUAUCCGACCGGAGAGUUGUAGCGACUCGGAGGGGGAGUCGUCCUCCUCAGCUCCUGAGAGUCCCCACUCCCCCGGCCGGACGCCCAAAAAGGUGUCGUUUGCCGACCACAAGGGCCUGGCCCUGGCACAGGUCCGAUUGGUCAAAGAAGGACCGGACGAACCGCCCCAGCUGAAUCCCGAAAUGUUGUCCUCAUUGACAUUGGGAGCUAACGCAGACGUGACCUGCAAGCCCCCCAUCAGGCUCUGCUUCUCCCAGCCAGCCUCGGAUUACCUGGCGUUCAGAGACAAAAUCAGCCGCAACUUGGUGAGUCUGGAGAAUGUGAUAUUGAGAGACUACUCGGUGGAGGGGACCAUUAAGGUCAAGAACAUCACCUUCGAGAAGCGCGUCUUUGUCCGGUUAUCGCUGGAUGAGUGGGAAAGUUUCGAGGACUUUGAGGGCACGUUUGUGCCAGGGCCCGGCCUGAGCUACUCGGACCCGUACGACACGUUCUCCUUCACCAUGGAGGUGUCGCCCACAUUUGACGUGUCCAAACAGCUACAGUUUGCCGUCUGCUUCGAGGAGAACGGCCAGCAACACUGGGACAACAACGACGGCGCCAAUUACUGUAUUGUUUCUGAACACUACGGCCAACACACUGCCAUGCCCCCUGCAGGGCCCACGUUCAAUCCAAGAUGGCUGCCGGAGAAACGCACGGACACUUGGGCAGAGUUCUCUGUGUGGAGAGAUGUGGACUCCCACGGGCCCUACUACUGACACGGGACGGAGUUUGUUCUGUGUUAUCUCACGUUUUGUUCACAAUUGUUGGAGAGAGAGACCAGGGGGAGGGGAGGAACCUCGCACUCAUCCUCCUCCCGACCUCCUCCUGACCUCCUCCUUCUGGUCCUUCAAGAUGGCCGCCACACUCGUGAGUCGAGUGCUAGCAUAGCCCAGGAUAUCGAUGAACCUCCGGCAGGGUACUCUGUGCAGGAGCUCUGAAAAUUGUUGACCUUGACGAGGCCGGUGACCUUGAGACCGGUGGUAGUGCCAGGUGGCAGGUAGACCCAGGCGACUGUCGGAAGUGCCAGGUUUUCUUCCAUGAUGGUGGUGGACGAUCACAGACCCUGGGCCAGGCCAACUGGAAGUGUCUUUGUCUGCUGGGAAAGUGACGACGGGCGUGUGUGUCCAAGCAAAUCUGUAGAAGUACCGAUACGUCGACCGGUGCGAGGGAAAUGAUCGGUAAUGGUCAGCCCCUUGAUGAGAUCAAGGGAAACUCACUGUACACGUUGAAGUUUGAUAACGUGUGGCGCAUGGCCGGCCGGCUUUGUAGUAAGAAAAUAAAGUGACAUUGUGAAAAGUUGAAACCUGAUUGCUGAAAGUGGGGAGACCCUUCCAACACUCGGUGGACUUGCAAUAGGACCAGUUUUGUGCACAGAAGCCUAUAGGUGGAGGACUUGUUCAUAUGUUUCUACAGUCCCAAACAAAACUGGUCACUUUGGCAGUCAGUGGCUCAUCUCCACACAGGCAUUUGCCCGUGACCUUUUGUUACCUUGUUUCUUUGACCUCUUGAACUUUAUGUGAUAGAAGUUGUCCGUGGUGGGAGAGGAGUGGCGAGGACGUCUGUAUUUGCUGGCCACUGACCUUUUUGAAGCGUUUGGAGGUGAAUGGUGAUUUGAGUGUUUGGAGGUGAAUGGUGAUUUGAGUGUUGGAGGUGAAUGGUGAUUUGAGUGUUUGGAGGUGAAUGGUGAUUUCAGUGUUUGGAGGUGAAUGGUAGGGCUGGGCGAAGAAUCGAAUGCGGAACCGAUUCCCAAGAUUAAUACUACAGAAGAAAAGUUCCGACUUCAUUUUACGAAAACCAAUGGUUACCAGUAAUUUUAAUUUAUAAUUUAAAUCCUCUUCUUUGUUUCGAAUUUAUUGGGGGAAAAAAGCAGCAAACAAACGAGCUGAUGCUUCGUAGUGUUCCGAAAUCAAGGUUAUCCUAUAUCCUGAAGAUAUUCAGAGCCAAUUAGGUAACCACUGAAAGAAGUCAUAUCAUUAGAAAGUAAGUAAUUGGGUUCGGAGUCGAUUCCUACGAUUCAUAGCCUUCAACAAUCGGGAACCGAGGCGCCCAGCACUAGUGAAUGGUGAUUUGAGUGUUUGGAGGUGAAUGGUGAUUUGAGUGUUUGGAGGUGAAUGCUGAUUUGAGUGUUUGGAGGUGAAUGGUGAUUUGAGUGUUUGGAGGUGAAUGGUGAUUUGAGUGUUUGGAGGUGAAUGGUGUUCCAGUAUUUGACAGUGAAAGGUAUUGUGAAAGUAUUUGGCAUCCAAUUGUGUUAUUUAAGUAUUUGGUAGUGAAUGGUGUUGUUGAAGUAUUUAGCAGUCAAUGGUGUCAUUUAAGUAUUUGGUGGUGAAUGGCGUUGUUAAAAUAUUUGACAUCCAAUGGUGUCGUGGAAGUGUUUGGUGAAUGGCGUGUAAUAUUUGGCACCCAAUGGUGUUGUUGAAGUAUUAGCUGUCAACGGUGUCAUUUAAGUAUUUGGCGGUGAAUGGCGUUGAAGAAUUUAACGGUCAAUGGUGUCAAAGUAUUUUGUCGUCAGUGAUGUUAAAGUUAAAGUAUUCGGCAAUUUGGUUGCCGGUCAAUUGUUUAAAGUAUUUUUAGCUUCCACAUCGAUUCAGGGUUUUCUGUUCUAUUUGGUUAUUUAUCCGAGUGUGCACAGCACUUGCCAGGUGCUGCGUGCUUCCCUCCUGUCGUGUCUCUGCUACAAGUUGCCACAUAGGCGACAGUCGAGUGAUUGGACCAGUGUAGAGAGAGAGAGAGCCUGCCUUUUCUUCUCCUAGAGAGCCUGCCUUUUCUUCUUUUCCGGCCUAUGUUCCGGGUCAAGGAUGGGCAGAGCUCAUGGAGUCUCCCUCGGAACAUUUCAGGACUCUUAAAAAAAAAUUCCAUAUAAGGAAUUGAGGUCAAUACAACAAUGAAUGACAUAGAAGGAAUUAUUCCGGGACUUAUGUCAUCCCGCGGUGUCAGUUUGUUCCUGUGCUGUGGAUAGGAAUCUGAUCUCAGUUAGAGCAGAGAGGUAGAAAAGUCCUCAGACCGCGGGCUUUCAACUGAUGGUUUUUGCCAAAGAGAAAAAUGUGCACAUUUUUUUCCUGCUCCUUCUUUUGUAAGAUCAUUUUAUUACCUGAUGACAUUUGGACCGUCAACAAGAGAUUAUUUUUUUAAAAGAAAAACUUGUAGUGGUUUGCCGCGAGCAAGACUCGCUAGUGUUGACAAAACAAUGAGGUAUUGUAGCAUACGUUCAAAGCAGAGGUAUUGUUGCUUGUGUGUAUGUUCAUCAAACAUAGCAGAGGUAUUGUUGCUUGUGUGUACGUUCAUCAAAGCAGAGGUAUUGUUGCUUGUGUGUACGUCAGAGGUAUUGUUGCUUGUGUGUAUGUUCAUCAAACAAAGCAGAGGUAUUGUUGCUUGUGUGUAUGUUCAUCAAACAAAGCAGAGGUAUUGUUGCUUGUGUGUACGUCAGAGGUAUUGUUGCUUGUGUGUACGUCAGAGGUAUUGUUGCUUGUGCGUACGUCAGAGGUAUUGUUGCUUGUGCGUACGUUCAAAGGAAGAGGUAUGGUUUUGUUGUAACAGGAUUUUCAUUUGUCACUCGGGA